AUGUUUCAACAAAAAUGUAUUAUUGAAAGGCAUGUUAUUAUCAAAUGAUAGCAUAGUUUAUAUGCGUUUUAUGAAACAAAUGUGUAAAUGAUUUCACAAUUUAAUACAAUUUAAUAUUAAAUUCAAUUAAUGUAUUGUUUUUUGCGAUCAAUUAAAUCAUAAUUUAUUUACUAAUUAUUUAUCACUUAUUGUCAAUAAUAUCAAUCAAAUGGCCAAAUAUUUGGCCCAAAUUGUCGUAUUGGGAGCACAGGUGGUCGCGCGGGCCUUCACUCGGGCGCUCAGACAAGAAUUUGCCGCCAGUCAAUCGGCKGCUAAUCAGAGGCGCGCAAACAACGAAUCCAACUCUGGAUCGGUUAACACCAAUUUCGGGAUGAGUUUACAAGAAGCGAUGCAAAUACUAAACGUCGAGGAUAUGAAACUUACGAAACCUAAUGAAGAAUCGAUUCUUAAAAAUUAUAAUCAUUUGCUUGAAGUGAACGACAAAUCCAAAGGCGGAUCCUUUUAUAUACAGUCAAAGAAAUAUCUGCAAAACUGGACUAAACUAAUGGCCACAAAACCAAUGUCAAGACUCUGUGGGAAUACAUAUCAUUUACUUUUACCAAUUGUUAACAUCAAUCAUGUGUCGCAAAUGAAGUCAAAUCCGACAUUUAUAAUACAAACAAAUUGUUUGCACACAUCUGUGGAUAACAUUAGCGAUGAUGUAUUUGAAGAAGCAAUUAGUGAACAGAAUAUAAUGAAUUGUAUCAAAACAUUACAAGACAUAAAAAUAGUUCGCCCGAAGAAAUCYUUUACCAUUGGCCGCACUCGAGAGCCAUCAAAAGCUGCUGUUUUGGUACCUUUUUGUCGUCUAAAGGACAACCAGCCAGCAGUUCUGCUAACUCAAAGAUCAAAUACUCUGACCAAUCAUAGGGGAGAAGUUUGCUUUCCGGGUGGUAUUGAAGAUCACAUCGACAAUAAUGAAAUGAUUAGAACAGCUGUGAGAGAGACAGUAGAAGAACUCGGUAUUGAAGAGAAUUGUAUCAAAGUCUUCGGUGCUUUGAAUUCAUUCCCUGCAUUGAGUGGUGCUCUCGUGCAUCCAGUUCUUGGAUUUAUCGAUAUAUCUGACUAUGAUUUCACUUCACGCAUAAACAAAGAUGAAGUCGAGACUGUGUUUACUGUACCUCUAAAACGACUUAUCGAUCAACGAAAUUGGAAGUCUACUCAUUGGAAGGCCGGUUGGAUUACACCUGUAUUUACUGAUACCGAUAAAAACAAUCCGCGAAUAUGGGGACUGACGGCUGGCAUACUUUAUACUGUUUUAGCAGCACUUUUGCCCAAAAUUUUUAUAUUUGAUACAAAGUUUUUACAACUUAUACCAACAAAAUAA